AUGGAGAUUGAAUUCAAAGCAAUGCUCGACGAUCUUGACGUUCUCGAGAAAUCUCUCUCCAAUCCUGCUCCGAUCCACAAGCUACGAUCACAUGUUGAAAAUCUAGCGGCUCUGUCUAAAUGUAAUCCUCACCGGCGUUCCAAAGUCAAGGAAUUAAGUUCGGAAGUGGUAGAUAGUAAUCCGUACAGUAGGCUUAUGGCACUUCAGCGGAUGGGUAUUGUCGAAAACUAUGAGAGAAUUAGAGAGUUUUCCGUCGCCAUCGUUGGAAUUGGUGGAGUUGGAAGUGUCGCUGCUGAAAUGUUGACCAGGUGUGGUAUUGGUCGUCUUUUGUUGUAUGACUAUGACACUGUGGAACUAGCAAACAUGAACAGGCUGUUUUUCCGACCUGAUCAGGUUGGUAUGACAAAGACUGAUGCUGCUGUCCAGACCCUUGCUGAAAUAAACCCUGACGUAGUCCUUGAGAGUUUCACAAUGAACAUAACAACAGUGCAAGGCUUUGAGACCUUCACGUCGAGCUUGAAGAAUAAGUCGUUUUGUCCUAGCAAGGAGGGCAGUGGUGUGGAUCUUGUUUUGAGCUGUGUCGAUAAUUAUGAAGCAAGGAUGGCUGUCAACCAGGCAUGCAAUGAGUUGUGUCAGACAUGGAUGGAGUCAGGUGUUUCCGAGGAUGCUGUUUCAGGUCACAUACAGCUCUUGGUUCCUGGAGAAACCGCUUGCUUUGCUUGUGCACCUCCUCUGGUCGUGGCAUCUGGAAUUGAUGAACGGACACUUAAACGUGAAGGGGUCUGUGCUGCAUCUCUGCCUACUACUAUGGGUGUUGUUGCAGGGCUUUUGGUUCAAAACUCUCUCAAAUUCUUACUUAAUUUUGGUGAAGUUUCUCCAUACUUGGGUUACAAUUCACUGAAGGACUUUUUCCCAACCAUGAAAAUGAGACCAAAUCCACAAUGCUCGAAUGUAGCUUGUCUAGAACGGCAGAAAGAAUACAUGCUUGGGGAACCAGCAAGGGAUGCUGCUGCUAAAGCUAAGAUGGAAGCCGAUGCAUUAACCGCUGUCGAUGAUACUCCACUCCAUGAUGAUAAUGAGUGGAACAUAAGUGUGGUCGACGAUGAGAAUGAGAAGGAUACUACAAAAGCUUCCUCAAGUUCAGAUACACUGCCUGAAGGGCUUACUCGGGAGCUUCCAGUUGCAGAUGACUAUGAGAAAGAAAUAGCUAUAGGGUCUGGAGAGGCAGAGGAGGAGGACGACCUUGAAGAUCUGAAGAAACAGCUUGAAGCUCUUAAUGCUGCUUGA